UCAGCUCACUCCGACUAGCGCCAGUGCACAAAACCGUGUCCAACCAAGCGUAUACCUUAUUUGCGAGCGUAAAUUACUGUAAGAAUUUCAAUUGUCAACAAAAUGGCGGCGAACAAUGUCCCCGAGUGGAUCAAUGCGGAACUAUUUGAAGAUGUUCUCAAGUCAACAGUGCCUGGCUACACCAAAGUGAAGACCUUUAAGGCUGACGCCGGCUCUGCAGCGGGAGAAAACUAUGCAACGAUUAUGCUGCGUGUCAACAUCGAAGUGGAGUUGGAAGAGGGAAAGUCAAAGGAUGUUUCCUACAUGGUCAAGCUGCCCCAUCAGCUGGAGCUUUACAAGGAAAUGAUGAAGCAGAAUAACAUCUUCGACGUUGAACGCUUGAUGUACUGCGAAGUUGUGCCCGAGAUGGAGGCUCUGUACAAGGAUGUGGGCGUGGAUGUGAUUUUCGGCGCCAGAAGCUACGAUUUUAAGGGAGCCAAGAGCGAUUAUGUUGUGCUGGAGGAUCUCGGACAAAAGGGCUUUAAAAAUGCCAACCGCAUGGAGGGACUGGACCAGGCGCACGUCGAAAGAGUUCUAAAGAAGCUAGCCCAAUGGCACGCGGCCUCGGCCGUGCGUGUGGCCACCAAGGGCGCUUAUCCGGAGUUACUUAACCUUGGUGUCUUCAAGGAGGAGGGCAGGGCCAUGGUAACCGAAAUGCUUAACGGCAUGAUGUCGAGAUUCCUCAAAGUCUGCGUCACCUUCGACGGUCACGAGGAGUACAUAGAAGAGAUUAAAAAAAUCAUUCCUGUGGCCGUAGAUGAGAUGUUCAAAAUGGCCAAGAUCAAUACGCAGGAGUUUAAUGCUCUAAAUCAUGGAGACUUCUGGUCUAACAACGUAAUGUUCCAAUACGAUGCCUUCGGCAAGGUUAAGGAAGUGUAUCUUGUGGACUAUCAGCUUCCCAAGUACGGUACAGUGGCGCAGGAUCUGUUAUACUUCCUGCUUUCGUCCACCAAGCUGGAGGAUAAGAUAAGCAAAUUCGAUUACUACAUCAAGUUCUACCAUGACAAUCUGAUCGAGCACCUGAAGGUCCUCAAGUACACAAGACCCUUGCCCACAUUGCGCAGCAUUCACUCGUCUCUGCUUAAACAUGGAAUCUUCGGUUUCUCAAUUGUUACUGGAGUUAUGAGUGCAGUUCUUUUGGAUCCUUCGGAGAAUGCCAGCUUUGAGAAUUUCGUGGGCGACAGUGAAUCUGGAGAGGCCUUCCAGAUGCAGCUCUAUACAAAUCCUCGCUACCGCAAACAUAUCCAGGUGAUCAUGCCCUGGCUCCUAAAUCGCGGGGCCCUGGAGACUAGUGCGCCAACAAGUUCAUGAAAAUUUACACAAUUCAUGUUUUUAUCUGUUUUGUUUUUGAUAAUGUGGCACACA